CAUGACAUGACCCUCUGCAUUGAAAACAAUGUGGUGCUUCUCCCAACAGAGGAGGUUUCUCCACUCCUCCUUAUGUCUAAUGAAGAAGUUAAAAGGAAAGACUGCGGCCGAGCAGCGCUGGCUCCAGAGGCAGCUCAAAGACCCGUAUGUUAAAGCUUCUCACGCCCAAAACUUCCGGUGCAGAAGCGCCUUCAAGCUGCUGGAGAUAGAUGACAAGUUCAGGCUGUUAAAGCCUGGAUACAGUGUGGUGGACUGUGGAGCUGCACCUGGAGCCUGGAGCCAGGUGGCGGUACAGAGGGUCAACUCAGCCGGGACAGAUCCAGAGUCACUUCAUGGUACAGUUGUUGGCAUCGAUCUGCUGAACAUACCACCUCUGGACGGUGCCCACUUCCUGUCCAGUCAUGAUGUCACCGACCCGGUCACACACGCCAAGCUGCGGGACCUGCUCCCGAACGGCCAGGCUCACGUCAUCCUGAGCGACAUGGCACCCAAUGCCAGCGGUUUCCGAGAGAUGGACCACGAGAAACUUAUCACAAUGUGUCUGUCUUUGAUAGACUUGGCUGAGAGGAUUUUACAGCCAGGGGGCUCUCUGGUUUGCAAAUACUGGGACGGGAUCCUUGCUCAUAAACUCCAGGAGAAACUCUCGAGUGUGUUCAAGAGUGUUCAGACUUUAAAGCCAAAUGCCAGCAGGAAGGAUUCAGCUGAGAGAUAUUUCCUCGCUAGAAUGUACAGAAAACCAGUACAAUUAUCAUAGCUGUCUUCAAGUUGUCCUAUGUGUAUCCUAAAAUUAACAAUUUUUCCAAUUUAGAUGUUCUAUGGAAGUUCACAGAUUGUGUUUUUGAAGAUUAAACAUGAAGAGGAGGCUUACUCAGUAGCUCUGAUCAAAAGGUGGCACUGUUGAGACAUCAGUGAGGCUCACAGCUGCAGGCGUUGACACAUUACAUACUGCCGGUGCUGAUUUUUAUCCCUGCAAACUUAACACAGUAGCAGCAGUGAAUCAGUAAUAUGUAAACCUAUGCAAGAAUCAUCAGUGUGAUAUUCCUCAAGAGCCCGAUGCUGUGUUUUCUCUGAAGUUAUUGUUUGCCCCACAGUGUUUGUUCUACACAGUCAGCUUGGUAUUUGCUUUGUUACAGAAAAUCAUUUACCAGUGCUGCUUAUGCUAAUAAUUUUCACUGCCAGCCAUGUAGAAAUAUGUAAUCAUUCUCUCAUUGAGAGCUUAUGAAGGGACAACCUAAUACAGAGUCACAUACAGCAUGACUAAUGGGAAGUGGAAGUUGUCGGGCUCUGCUCUCUGACAGUGCAGAGAUGUCCAUUUCCUGUGAAAAUAUUUUCAGCCCAGUAGACAGAUUUUCUUUCAAGAUUCUUUAAAUCGCAGUGUUGGACGCUUUGAAAAGUACUAUUUAUUGUUGUUUCUGUGCUUUUUUGUACUGAUUUGAUUUUUGUCUGACCAGAGCUCUGAAUCACUGGUAAUGAAAUAAAAGGAUAUUUCUACUAAA